AUGCACAGCGCGACUCUGGCGGACGAGGACGGCGCCGCGCGGGCUCAUCUACCCGCCAACGGUGCCGGCUCUCCCCAGGCCGCCUUCAUCACCUCCGCAGCGCGGUGCAAGCGCAAGGCUGCGGCCGCGGCCUGCGCUGGCACGCCCGCCCAGCCUCGCGAGGCCGACGCCGACGGCUGCGCCGCCGUGCCCACGCCCGACGCGGAGGCCUGGGCGCCACCCGCCGCACUGGCCCUGGCCACCGUGCCCGCCACGCCCGUGGCCGCGCCGGUGCAGUCGCCGCGCCCGCCCGAGGACGAGGAGGUGGGCUGGGAGUUCGACCCCUACCUCUUCAUCAAGCGCCUGCCGUCGCUGGAGGAGUGCGUGCCGCCACGCACCUCCUACCUGCUGCCGCGGCGCUCGAGGCGCUGCCCCCAGAAGACGCUGGUGCUGGACCUGGACGAGACGCUGGUGCACAGCACGCUGGAUGGCCCCUCCUCCCCCCCAGACUUCUGCUUCAGCGUGGAGGUGGGCGGCGCCGCGCACCGCGUGGCCGUGCGCCAGCGCCCCCACCUGCACACCUUCCUGCGCGCCGUCUCCGCGCUCUAUGAGGUCGUGGUGUUCACCGCCAGCCAGGCGGUCUACGCCGAGCAGCUGCUGGACGUGGUGGACCCGGGGCGGACGCUCAUCCGCCACCGCGUCUUCCGCGACGCCUGCGUGCAGUGGGAGGGCAACUACCUCAAGGACCUCACCGUGCUCGGCAGGGACCUGGCGCACACGCUCAUCGUGGACAACUCGCCGCAGGCCUUUGGCUUCCAGCUGGACAAUGGCGUGCCCAUCGAGUCCUGGUACGAUGACGACGAGGACGAGGAGCUGCUGCGCCUGCUGCCCUUCCUGGAAAGCGUGGCGCACGUGGACGACGUCAGGCCCGCCAUCCAGAGCCGCUUCAGGCUGAGGGAGGUGGUGGAGGCCGUGCAGGACCCCUGCGGGGACUGGUGCGCCUGA